AUGCUAGAGACAAUCCUCGCUUUACUCCGAGAAAUCCUUCACCGUGAGCCGUCCAAAGAGGAGAGACAACUGUUUUUCACUUUGCUUUCUUCCAAUUUUCCCGUACCUCCCCUUGAUGACUGGAAUACUGUUGCAGGGAUUAGGCUAGCGGUCCUUGGAAAUCCAGUGGAAUCUCGGCGAGUAGAUAGCUGCCUGAAAGAGCUUUCAGAAAACAAGGCACUGAAGAAUGUCCGCAGCACCUUGUAUGUCUUGCGGCUGCUGGCAAAUCAAUCCAAAGCUUUUGUUCUGGCAACCCCGCAUAACUUACUUGUCCAGGACAACACACAAACUACUAUGCAAAGCGCACCUCUUACCACUACUAAAACCAAUAAAUUGCACGGUAAAAGCAAGCACAAAUCUAAAAAGAGCAUACGAUCGAUUCUCUUUAAAGAUUUUGACAGCACAUCAGAGGAGUCAGACACAGAAACUAGCGCAGUAGAAGCGUGCAUGGCAAGAAUUGACCAGAAGGAAACUAGCACUCGCCUUAUCCCAAAUGAAAGCAGUGGAAAGCUCUCUAAGGAUACAAUACUAGAGCAUGCCAUAGUUAGGGACCUCAUAUACGCCAUGCAAGGGCUUCCUGGCCAGUACUUUGAGCUUAUAAAGGACCCAACAUCUGGGAUUUCCCACUUUGUGCUUCAGAGACAGUACCAGAGCCUGUCUGUGAGCCAAACUGCCGCCACCUUCUGCGAGCGGAUAGCUUCGUGCGGCUUCUUCUACACUCGUUGCACAGAGUUGCUAAAUGCCGUUACUAAGACAAACAUGGGCAAGACACGAGCGUCUCUUUGUGAGGCACUUCACACAGGCCUCAGUGAGUACAGGCAGAGGAUAAGUUUGCUAGACAGUCAGCUCACUGAGGAGCAAAUGACCCUGGUAGAGCUGACUGCAGUAGCCAACUUGAUCAGAGAGGAGAUUUCUACGUUGGCGGUCAUAGCAGAUAACUGUUUAUAUGAUAAGAGCCUUACUUCUCCGCAGAUAUUAAACAUAAUCUUUGGGUACAGUCUCCAUGGUGAUCGGAAGAUGCACCAUAUCGGGCAGUCGUUAUUGAUCAAAGCAUCUGAACCCUUCUUCGACUAUCUGAAGCACUGGAUAAUUGAAGGAAGCCUCUUGAGCACUGAAUACUUUAUUCAGCCAACCACAAGCAACUCGACUGACAUCCUCAUUCUGCAGACAAAUAACCUCCUGGUCAGCCGCUCAAUCUUCAUCAAUAGUAACUGGUACAAUAAGUUCCACAUCAGUUCAUCCCCAGAUCUAAAAACACACCCCUUGCUGAGCCCCUACGUGACCAAGCUUUGCUUUGAAAUAGGCCGGGCCUCCGCCUUCUUGAGAGAAGAUUGCAAUAACAUAACAUGGCGCUUUCCAGAAAGCAUUGUGGCUCUCAUCCGAGAGGCGAACUUUGCAAAGCUUCUGUCCUCGUACUCGUCAGAUGCCAGUGAGGGGACGGUAAAGCUCAUCAGAUCUAUUCACAUGCUAUCUUCCAAGGCAGUUGUGGCAAUCAUAAAACGGCAGUUUCUCCUCUUUGAUCACCUGAACGGGAUUCUGUACAUUUUACUGGGCAUGCAGGGAGACUUCAUUCCUUCCCUCUGCUCCAUCUUGUCCUCGACAUCAGGAGGAGAUAAGUACAAGCUGUCAAUGCUUGAGAAGAUAGAACAGGCAAUGAUGAGCUGCAAUGUCUCUAACCUUCCAUCACACGUCCUGGGGUGUGUGGAUGUGCGCAUAGAUAACUCCAAGUCCAAUUUCUAUGUGACAUACUCUAUAAAGGACCCCCUGACCUCUAUCAUUACUCCCGGGCAAAUCCGGAUUUACGAAACAAUCUUUCAGAUUCAGUGGCGCCUCCGGUCAGCAGAUGACAAGCUUGACCAGAUCAUCUUGCUCACUAACUUCUUUUACAGAAGAAACACACAGCAGAUUCUUACCAAUGCGGGCCGGGUGGGUAUAUUCCGCCUUCACUAUCGAACGCUCACUGAAGAGGUGCCUCUAGCGUAUACCCUGUAUGUCGCACGGCUUUCAUGUAUUAGAAAUAGGACCAAGCAGCUCGUGCUUGCUUUGCUUAAUUACAUCAGUCACGAUUGCAUUGCCCCAGAGUACAUGACCCUAUUCGCCAAUCUGGAAGCAGCGGAAACAAUUAAGGACAUUAUUUAUUACCACGAUAUUGCAGUGCGUACGAUUUGUUACAAAAUGCUUAUCUCAAUUAACUACCACAAGAUGGCCGACGCCCCACUACCCGCACCGAAGGAGUCGUCUGGCCAUCACCCGCGCCAGUUGCGCAGCUGCGACAUAUAUAACGGGCAGGUGAUGUUCACCGAUAAGACAAUCUCAAUAUUUUCAGACUUUCACACUUCACUGGUAAAAAUCUGUGCACAGAUUGCUCUACUGCAUGGCAGUGUGGCUGAGUUAUUUAACUUUCAAAGCAUAUUUACUCAGGACUUUACCAUGAAGCUUCAGGAGGCAGCGAACUUCCUGGACGCAUACGUCCGCAGCUUCAACACAGAGCUAAACACGAUGAUCACUUGCCUACAGCGCUGCAGAAGCAUCCCUAUCCCUGUCCUGGAUGAAUUUGAUUACUCGCAUUACGAAAAUUUGGAAGCAAGCCUACUGGCCGUCGGGAUGCACUCCGAGACACAUUCCUCCCAUAAACGCUGA